AUGUACAUUAAAUUUAUAGCUCGUGUUGCAGUUAAAGUAAGAGCAAAGCAAGGAGUAGAUAAAAAUCUCGACCUACAAAAUGAAACAAGUAAGGAAAAGCAUCAAUCUGUUUAUGGUUUUUCUGAUUAUAAAUUUACAGAUGAUUUGGAAUUAAAAAGUCUUUACGGUAGUGAAGAAAAUAAACGAAAACAAGAAAAUUUUCUUACCCGAUGA